CAUACGCUAGCUUUACUGUAACUAUGCACAACUUUUAGGGUGUAGAGCACCCAUUUGCACCCUGUAACUCCCCAGUUUUCUCCUUUUAAACUGAAACUUCCUCUGAAAUCAGAGCAGGCACAUUCGGGUCUGCCAGUUUUUUGCCAAAUCGGUUUGACGUCUCUGAAGGAGAAGUGAAGGACCGUGUUGCACAACUCUUGAACUCUUUUAACCCUUGUGUUGUUGAGGCGUUUUACUUGUCGGUUUGUUUUUCCGUGGCAGCAGUGAGGCUCUAAACAACCCCACAGAGGACAGCCCAACAGACAGGAAGCAGGAAUGAUCACCAACAGUGAGGUCACAGGCAAGCCCAACCCAAAGACCAAGGCCCUCACUACAGUCUGCAAAGCUCGUACCUCAGAGUCACUGUAACAGGAAGCAGGCUCCACACAGGUGAUCAGUCAGUGUCCCAGCUGUAGCCUCCGUAAAUACAGCACACCUACAAGGUAAAUGAACAGGACAAGAGGGCGUGCAUCCAUUUAUGAAAUGUUUUAGAACUUGUAUUUCAGAACCGUGGUGUGUUCAGAGGGACAAUGCAGAACCCAUUCAAGUCCAGCCCCCAGGUUUCUAAAGCUGCAUCUUCAGAGUCGCUGGAACAGGGACGGGCUUCAGACACUAAUCAGAACCCGGGAAUGUUCAAAGGCUUGAUGCAGAAAGUCAACCCGUUCAAGCCUUCAGCACAGGUGCCAAAGAGUGAUCCUCAAAAUGAUGCUGCCAAUCCACCAGAGACGGGACCAGAACUUCAAGGCAAACAGAAUCCAUCUAUGAUUGCAGCACUGAUGCAGAAAGUCAACCCCUUCAAAUCCUCCCAGCCACAGGAUAACCACCCUCUUCCCACUCACCUCUCCUCCAGCACUGGAAGCCAAGCAGCCGGUAACAGCGCGCCAGAGGAGCAGGAAGACCAAGCUAUUCACAGUGAGCACUCCUCCAGCUCAGACAGUGGGAAUGACAGCACCAUAGAGAGACAUUCUAUUUGGUAUACUGAUGCCAUCUGCGAGGUGAAAAACCAGCCAACGGAGGCGCCGAAGAAAGGGACUAUGACUUUGAGAAUAAGGAGAAUUCUGCCCACUGUGUUAUUUGGAUCUGGAACAAAGGACUCAUCAUCUGACACUCAAGCACUCCCCCGGGAAGUAGUGGAAGUUCAGACACUAGAGAUGGCUGAAGUACCAGUGCCCAGUGAAGGAACUGUCCUGGACCCUCUAGAAGACGAGGAAGGCCUUUUAGCGUGGUGGAGAACAGUAGGGGGCUGGGAUGAGUGGAAUCAGAGCAACCAGAACGAUGAACCUGAGGAAGUGGUGGAACAGGCAGCUGAUCGUGUCUUCAUGGCAGCUCAACUUUUUGUUCGCUUUUUUAACCAGCGUGGCGCCUCACUCCAGCAGCGAAUCCUGGAGCUGCUCGCUUUGGCUGAUUCAGCGGACAUUUUCCAUAAGAAAACGGUCAAGGCCUGCGUCGGUGGUGGGGUGGCCAGUGUUGCUGGGUCUAUCACUACUAUCACGGGCCUCGUUUUGGCACCCUUUACAGCAGGAGCCUCGCUCAUCGUCACUGCUGUAGGCAUCGGUGUAGCCACGGCAGGUGGGGUGGCGUCUGCUUCAGCCAACAUCACUGACACAGUCCAUUCAAAGACAGACCGCAAGAAGGUGGAGCAGAUGAUCAACGACUACGAGGAGGAGAUGAAGGACAUCAAAGAGUGCCUGGAGUUUUUGCAGGAAGGGAUGGAGACGCUUGAGGAGUGGAACUUUGAGAAGUAUGUUGAGAGCAUCGCAAAGAAGCACCUUAACAAGAACGUUGAACAUGUAAUGAAGGAGGGCGGGCGUGCUGGAAAGGCUUUAAUGAUCAACACAGAGAGCCUGAUUAGUACUGUUCAGGUCCUCAGUGUUGCAGGGGGUGCUGCUAAAGCCGCCCAAGUGAUGAGCGUUACCACCGGAGUUAUGUCAGGUCUCUUCCUGGCUCUCGACAUCUUCUUCCUGGCAAAGGAUACCAUGGAGUUAAAAAAGGGAGCCAAGACAGAGUUUGCUGCUAAGAUUCGAGAGGUUUGUAGGGACCUGCAGGAUGGGCUGCUGGAGCUAAACCGCAUCAAGGAACAGCUGCAGAAAACGAUUGAUGGAAUAGAGGUGGAGGUAGACGAGGAGGAAGAGGAUGAAGAGCUUUUAAGGUCUGAGUUGAAGAAACUUGCUGAAUUUGAAGUAUAAGGCUUGUUAGAAAACCAAACCAAAUAUUGACAGUUAGACAAAAAGACAGUUAAGACAAAUUGUUUCUCCCAAGAGCUGUUUUCCCUAGGGUUUGUGGCAGACUUGGGUGGACAAAUUUGGCGGGGCACAUUUGUACGAAUUAACUUGUAUUAAAUGUGCUAUAGAAAUAAAAGUUUGAUUAGAUCGGAGAAAAUAUUUUGCUUGGCUUGGGUACAGCACCGUAGUAUUAUAAUAGGUCAGAAAAUCCUAUAUUUUAAAUUUGUUGUAUUCAUUAAAUUAAAAAAAAAAAAUAUAUAUAUAUAUAUAUAUAUAUAUAAUAUGGUUGUGCUAGGGAUCGACAAUUACUGUUUUUUCAAGGCUGAUACCAAUUAGUUAAAAACCAAUAGCCAAUAUUUGGAAUUGAUAUGUAUACAGAGAAAAGGAAAAUAAAUAUUUAAGUCAAAACUUUGUUCAAAUGCUUUAAGCAAUUAUUUAAGAAAUUAGAAACUUUCAAAAUAACACAGUCAGAUAGCGUUGUGGGUGGGAAAUUAAGUCAGAUUCAGUGGUGAGUGGAACCCAAGCAGAGGGACAGAGAGCUGGAGUUGAGCCAAAGUAGAGGACUUCUUAAUUGAUCAACUUUAUCGGUUAUCAGGCAAAUAAAAACGCAAAUACAGAUAAUCUGCAAACUGCCAAAAAACCGGCCAAUAUGGGCCUAUCACUCGCUUGAGUAACGUCACUCUUUUUGCAUUAAAAUCGGUUUCCUCCUUAUGUGUCUGUUUCUUCAUACCGUAGUUGUGAACGUGAGUGCUCAAUACCCAACAGAAAACUUUUAAAAACAGAAUUCAGGUGUGGAGAAGGCAGUCCAUCCAGGAAUUUGCGAUGUCGUGAGCGCAACAAUUCACGUAAAUUCAACCAAUUUCUUCAACUGAAACUUCAAUAGAUCACAGCAGUCCCACAUACCCCUCUGAGUCAGUAGGUGACGUUGACAGCCACUUAUUAAACGCGAGUGAGAACGGGUUAACGUAACACACCGGGUGGGAAAUUAACUUUUUUGCCCAAUUUGCCAGCCACUUUUUCCGGAAUUCAGAUUUAUAAAAGAAAGUCCACUAGCAUGUUUUCAGUUGCUUCAGUACAUUAUUUUGUAUUAAUACAUAUUUUAUUAAUAUAAAGCAAAUGAAAAGUAACGUGAAAACAAAAAAAAUGAAAGCCUUUAUUGCCACACGGUGCUCCUGGGGUCCCAUCUUUGCCAGCUGUAUGGCAGUGCACUUGAUAUGAGACUUGGAUCACUCGUGGUCUUUUCUUGCCUCUAAUUUAAGGUUAGUUGUUCUUCUAACGAACAUUGUUGUCAUUCUGAAGACGAGUAGGUUCCACAGUAAGUACGGUCACGUACUGGUUGUCUGUAAGGUAGGCUAUAUGAUUAUGCCAAUGAGAGCCACCAUUGUGAUGCCAUAUCAAAAUGUUCCAAACAAACUCAGCUUUCUGUAUAGUGACGACCAAAAUUGUGUCAAGAGCAAUGUAUAAAGUGAUCAUUCAGAAACAUUUCUCAAAUCUUUUGUGAAAACAUACACUGUUUUGGUGCUUGAAAUAAGUUUACAAAAGCCUUGGGUUCACAAAAGUAGGGUAAUAUAUGAAUUAAAUAGUAAAUAAUUGUCUAAAAUGAAAUUUUGUAAUAUUGCUUUGCAACUAGGAGUGUUGUCUCGCCGCUGCAUCUUUAGUCCCAAGAGGGUUCAAUUGUUACGGUUAUAUUCCAGGGGCGCUACAGUGUGUAAGAGUAAUGUUUGUUGUUUCU